AUUUGUGCAGCUUCAGAUUGUGUUCAACGUAAAUCAUUUCAUAAGCUCUGUGGUUCGUCUCAGACAUGCACCCGCAGAUUCUCAUCGUCAGUGUGAUACAUAUGCUGUAUUGUCACCGUAUAUGGAUAGUUGGCAGAGAUCGCGCAAGAAUUUUUCGUGCAAUACCGGGCAUAGUCAUCGUUCUAGGUUCAGGUGUUGCCAGCUUUCUGAUUUGGGUGUUAUAUAAUCACAAUAUUUCGACUGGAAUGUUUUUGACCCGGUGGACCGUUUUCAUGGCUUUCGGCGUAGCUACUUUCCUCGAUGUGCUCAUUACAUCCUCGCUAUGGUAUCUCCUCGCUAAAUCCCGCACUGGGUGCUCUGACACGGAUUGCUUGAUCACAAAGCUCAUUUUUUAUACCAUCAAUAGUGGUUGUCUGACGAGUAUAUCUGCAUUGACAUCUAUCAUCAUAUGCGCAGUGAUGCCAUACAGCUUCGUCUUCUUCAGCUUUCAAUUUAUAGUAGCCAAACUCUACGUCAACUCGUACAUCGCACUUCUGAACGUGGGAUACUACACGCAAUCAUUCAACGCAGGUGCCAUCAAUUCUUUCGAACUUCGUGAGCCCCAGAGAGACUCCACUGACACCAAUCCCGGGCUGCACGACCUGUCGCAGGAGAAAUUACCAUCAUUUCGGAGGAGCAUGCUCGCUCAUCCCGAAGUUGAAGUGACACCUCCCACUCGACCCUUGGGAGUUGCCAUGCCACACCGGUCGAUUUUGGUGACGGUGCAGAAGGAGUCUUUCAUAGACAUGUAAAUGAAUUAUCCGUCCAUCUGGUCAUGAGACAGAAUACCAAAAUUUUCGGUUUCCU